AAGUGCACACCUGUGUAUCACACAUACUGUAAACCUAGGAAAGGGAAAUAAAUGUAUUUCCAUAACAUUAAAGCCCUACACUACUGUCUGUCUGUCUGUCUGCAUGAGACUGAACUGGUGGUGAACUCUCCUGUAUGGGAGACAGCUCCCAGCGCUAGCUCACGGUCGGCCACCCUGUUUUCCUCCUACAGCCACGGAAGCCGCAGCGCUUCAAAACAGCGGAGUGUGAUCCAGAAACAGGGUGUUUCCUUGACAUGUUCUCGGGGUACCAGGAGCGGGAGGAGUAUGAAGAUGAGCUGUACCGUGUGGAAGAUGAAGAGGACUGCAGCUUGUCCGAGCUGGACAGUGAGCUGGAGUUUCAGCUCUACUCACAGCUCCACUACGGUGCUGAGGACCAGAACAACCAGGAGAAUCGGGACAAGCAGCAGGGCAAUGCGGACUCAGGCUCCGUUCACACUAAGGUUCCUCAGUCCAUGCCAGGAAAGGAGCCCACUCCUCUGUCACCUCCAGAAAUCAUCACAAUCGAUUCCGGUCCAGACGUUAUCCUGAUCUCGGACAACACUGAGACCGAGGACAGCGUCUGCGCCAUCAAAGGUAGAAGUGCAAGCACAAAAAAACAGCGUCACACUGCGUCUUCAUGCCCUCCGCUAAGGAAAACGCCUGAGAACGAGGCGGGAGAGGUGGUAGUCGUGGAACUGGAAUCAGACGAAAGUUCGGAUUCAGACUCGGUUCCUCCUUUUGUGGCAGAUCUGGACUCUGUAUCAGAUUCAAAUUCGGAUUCAGAUGGACUGGAAAACUGGAUGCUUUUGGGAAAAGGAAAAGAGGCCGGAGAUCAGAACAUUCAGCUUAACCUUGCCGUAGAGGAGAACGAAGAACAAGAAGACUUUGUAAGACAUGAAGGUGGACCUCAGAACUGGACCGUCUCAGACAGAGAUAAAGAGGCCCAGAUAUUUAAUAAAGGGCAGGGCGGAGUGCGGUUGGCGAACAGGUACUACUCCCCGAAGACGGUCACCUGCCAUAAUUGUCGCAGAGUUGGCCACCUCUCCAAAAACUGCCCCUCACAAAAGAAGCUGCCGUGUUGUUCGUUAUGUGGUGUUCAGGGUCACUUUGUGAGGGCCUGCCCGAGUCGUCACUGCUCGAACUGCUUCCUGCCCGGUCACACGUACGACGACUGUCUGGAGAGAGCGUACUGGCAGAAGUGCUGUCAUCGCUGCGGCAUGACCGGACACUACAUCGACCUCUGUCCAGACAUUUGGAGGCAGUACCACAUCACAACUAGAGUGGGUCCCCCUGUGAAAGUUCCUAAUCUGAAAGCCACGUCCCCUGCGUACUGCUACAACUGCUCGAAACGAGGACACUUCGGCCACGAAUGUACCCAGAAGAGGAUGUUUAACGGGACGUAUCCCACGCUGCCGUUUGUCUCCGGCUACAACACCCAAUGUGACCUCAGAUACCUAGAGAACCGAGCCAGGAACUACGUGCAAGAGCUGCAGAGAGCUGGUUUAUUAGAGCAGCAAGAAGAAGAAGAAGCUCCUCCUCAAACUCCUCAACCUCCCCGAAAGAAACAGAAACCCAACCCUAACAAAAACACGCUCUUCCCCUUCACGCCGACCGGACGCCCCCCGAAGAGACGCAUCGCGCACACCCCCAAGCACCACCCUCAGACCACGCCUAAACAGAGCGCGUGGAAGCCGGCGCAGAAGAACACGCCCGUUCCACAGCUGGAAGGUAAAAAGAAGAAGAACAAGAAGAACAACAAGAGCGCGUUCAUCGUCGACGUGGACGAGGACUUCCCCAGAGGCUUUCAGAAAAGCCCCCACAGCAGAGGAACCUGCACCCCGUCGUCCGCGGGGAAGCCUUUCAGGUCUGGCGGGCUGUUCGGCUCAGGGAGAAGCUCUUCAGAGAAGAGCAACAAGAAGAAGAACAGAAUGAAGAAGUGGGAGAGGAAAGCAGCGAACGACCUGAAGAACCAGCCGUCUGACGAGAACCUGUUUCUAAUCAAACAAAGGAAGCGUAGCAGAUAACGGAGAGAGAGAGUGUGUGUGUGUGUCAGUGUGUGUGUGUGUGUGAGAGAGAGAAUGAGAGAGAGAAUAAGAGAAAAAGAAAGAAGAGAGAGAGAAAGAGUGAGAGAUGCUGUGCAAGAAACAGUUGUUAAUAAACGAGUUUCAGAAUUUGUCUCCCUCUACUGGCCAAAUUUACAGGUGCAGACACACACGCUUCUUCCAGUGCUGAUCUUUCAGGAACAGCUUGAGCUAAAAGGCUAGCAUGGCUAACAACAGAUAAAUAGGAUAGACACCUUUACGUUUUCUAUUGAUAAUUAAUGCUAAUUAAUGGCUAUUCACAAUUAUUGUUUAUUCAAAGUUAGCGGUCUUAGCGUUUCUCACAGAUAUUUAAUUUAAUUGAAAAGGAUUGGGUCAAACAAGCAUGCUAACGUGGCUAAAUCAGUCCCAAACUCCUCAGAACUCCUCAGUAAGCCUGAUUAGCGUGUUGCUAAUCAAUUAGCGCUGUUAGCUGCCUUAGCUGCUUUCCUGUUGGCUCAAAUAUGCAAGGCUAAGUUGCUAACUCCUCUAGAAAGUCCAGCAACUCAGACACAAACAUGCUAAGGUGACUAAAAGAAGGAAAGGCCAUGAAUUAGCAUGAUAAACAAAGUGCUGUUUCACUACAGUUAGCUUCUUUCUUUUUUUUUUAGCAUAUCUGACAGAACUGUUACUUGUAGCAACUUGUAAUAGAAGGGCAAAUGCUUCCAAAUAGCCUCCAAUUACCGUUUUUUCCCAUUAUUAUAAGGAUAGUGCACCAGAUUAUAAAGUAACGUCUAUUUUCUGGUCUAUUUUCAUACAUAAGGUGCAUUAUGCGGCACUUCUAAGGAACAGGUGUGUUGCCAUGUUUUCCUGCUAAUUCAGCAGCAAAACUGUAAUUCUUAAAAAAAAAAAAACAUUUUCUUUUAAAGUCUUGGAGUACUGGAAGUUAAUCUACACAGAUUUCCCUCCUGAAAACUGUUUAUUUGGGUGAGUAAAGUGUUUACCGUUUAUUCACAGUAAGCUUAGCGCUCGGCGUGGUUAGCGGCUAAUGCUAAUACUGCUCCAGUCUCGAAUCCUGUAUAACGCUGUGUUUCAGCAGAGUGGCAUUCAUACAUAAAGCGCACUGACUAUUUUGGGGAAAAUUAAAGGGUUUUAAGUGCUCCUUAUAGUGAGAAAAAAACUCUAGCAUUAUAAACUGAGUGCUGGUCACUGUUAGCCACUUUAGAAUUUCUAACAGAACUGCUACUUGAAGUAAGAACUGUGUAGGAAUUAUGCAAAUGUAAUUGAAGUUGAUAGAUGCUAGCCAUCGGUUAUAUGUACAGCUCUGGAAAAUGAACAUUGUUAAUAACAGUAAAAUGAACAUUGUUGUUUUGUUCUAUAAAUUUCUAAUUUCUCAUAAAAAUAUUGUCAUUUAGAGCAUUUAUUUGAAGAAAAUGAGAAAUGGCUAAAAUAACAAAAAAGAUGCAGUUCAGAAUUCAAUAUAUGGUGGAAUAAACCUUUUUUUUAAUCACAGUUUUCUUCAUGCAUCUUGGCAUCACAUUCUUCUCCACCAGUCUUACACACUGCUUUUGGAUAACUUUAUGUCUGCACUCCUGGUGCAAAAAUUCAAGCAGUUCAGUUUGGUGGUUUGAUGGUUGAUCAAAGGUGAUCAUCCAUCUUCCUCUUGAUUAUAUUCCAGAGGUUUUCAAUUUGGUAAAAUAAAAAAAACUCAUAAUUUGUCUGGGAAACUCAUACAGUUAAUGUUUGCUGUUUUAGCAUUUCUGACAGAAAUGUUACUUUAAUGUAACAAUUUAAACAAAUUUGAAAAACUAUAGCCAUGAUUUAGCACAAUAAACAAUGUUGUGUACUGUUAGCAGCUUAGCAUUUCUGACAGCAAAUUUGUAAAGCAAAGUGGCUAAUCUGAAGUAAUUGUUUAAUGAUGACUAAAGACAGACGCUUGUGAUCAAUUAGCAUGGUAUAUGUAUUUAUGUGUAUCUGUUUUUGUAGCAUUUCUAAAAGAUAAAAGCUUGGAACAAACAUGCUAUGAUUAGUACUAAUUGUUACUGUUCACUCUUAGCAUCUUUAGCAUAUCAACAGAAAAGUGAAUGCAACUAAAACAGAUAGAUAUAGAUUCCAAUACAUAUAUCAUGUUAACUGCAAGCUAGCAUCUGGCUUCAAUUAAAACUGGCUUAAAAAAAACUUCAGAAAUUGUAACAUUGAAAUAAAUGUUCUGUCAGAAAUGCUAAAGCUGAUAACACUGUACAACAUUGUUUGUUGAGCUAAUUGAUGGCUGCUGCUUAGCAAAUUUGUUUGAAUUUUCACACUGUAGUGAACUUUUUGUCAAAUAUGCUAAAGUAACAGUUCUGUCAGUAUAGAUAUAUUUUUGCUAAGGUUCAUAAACAUGGACAGAUACUUGUAGCCAUGAAUUAGCAUGAAUAAAAUACAGCAUGCUGCCUAGUGUUAGCUUUAGCAUUUCUGGUAAAACUGUUCCGAAACUGUAUAAAACUAUCAAAAUGAACAAAUACGCUAAGCGGUAGAUAAACAUGGUUGUGCGUAGCAAUCAGUUAGUAUUGUAUAUGCAAUUCUACCAAAUUUUAACGAAGUAACAAAAGCUCUUUUAUUUUUAUUUCCGUUAGCAGCCAUGCAGUUCCUUUAACUCAGCUCCUCCAAGAAUGUUGUGAUUAUUUGUUUGCCAGUAUAAAAAAGAAGAAAACUGAUUAGUUAUUGAGCCACACAAUGUAAUAAAUCAGACAGAUUCUUAAAUACGUUUUGUUUGUGGUUUAAUACAUAGUUAAUUGGAACUAUUUUCUGUAUAGCAUACUAUAUAACUCUACAUUACAGUUCAUACAAGACUGCGACUCAUUCUUCAUCCUUCAGGUUUAAAUUCUAAUACUCAAUCUCCAUUACUCAAAAGUCUCCGAUAACAAUAAUAUGAUUAACAAUGUAAUUUUUUUAUUUUUAAACUUGUGCCAUUUUGUCCUUAGUAUGAUUAGAAAAUUGUAAUUUGCUGCUGAUAAUUUCCCCUUCCUGUACAUAAAUGUAUGGAUUAUUUUCUAUUUAUAUUGUGUACAUGCCUCUCAAAUAAAAGCAGUUUUUGGA